GUGUGCAGCCUCAGGGAUUAAGGAGUCAGAUAACUUAUGUAAAGAUUCACCUCCUUCUCUUUUAGUAAAGAAAUCUUGCUGUUAACACAGUCAGAGUCUGUUCCCCGGGAGAACUGAGGACUGAAAAGCGCCAGGAUUGCAGACCAUGAAGAUCAGGCUAAUGCUAGUGUUACUUCUACUAGUUAACAUCAGUAUUGGACUGGCUCAAGACGAACACAGCACAGCUGCAAAAGGAAGGGGCAAAAAAGGAAGAGGUCAAAAGGGAAAAGGACAAAAGCGAGGUAAAAGCAGACAGAUGAAGCAGUCUAUUCAACAUGGACAAGCUGAUGCAAUUAUCAUGGAGGAAAAGUUGCCAGUUCUGAUGGGCUCCUUUAAGAAUUUUAAUGGUCUGGAGUCCUUUUACGAAUCCUUACCAGUUCAUGACAGCCCUGAAACUUCUGGUGAUUUCUCAGAAUCCAAAGGGCCAAAUGCAAUUGAGCCAGUGCCUACUGCUACUCACAGUUGGCUUCAUAUUAACCAAGGAUGGGAGCAGGAUAAUGACAAACUAUCCAAGAAAGAUACAGAUCGGAAGAAACGGAGGAAGGAGAAGAAAACAGAAAAAGAGAAAAGGAAACAGCUACUUGAAGCCAGGAUGGAGAAAGAAGAGGAUAACAUAAGUGAGACUAAGCAGGAAGUGUAUGAAAAGAGCACAGAGGAGUUAGAAGAGCAUGAGAAAUGGAGAGAAGAACAGGAAGAAAGGAGAGAAGAGGAUGAUGAGAGAAAUAGAGAACAGGAGGAAGAGAGGUUGAAAAUGGAAGAAGAGAGAAAAAAAGAGCAGGAUGAACAACAAAAAGAAAUGGAUGAAAAAAGAACGGAAGUGGACGAGGAGGAAGAUCAGCACAGAGAGCAGGAAGACACAAGGCAAGGGGAGAAACAACAUGAACAGGAAGUUGUAUUUGAAGAGGAAGAAGAUGAUGAAUUAAGAGGGGAUGUUUUCAGAAUGCCAAGGCUGCCACACACUACUCCACACCAUCCUUCAUCUCUUCCACCUGCUUGUGUUGCCUCUGAUAUUACUCUCAGCUGUAACAAUGCAAAGCUCUCCAGUAUUCCACCACUUAUGGACCCUGAACUAAAGAGUCUGAGUCUUGAAGGAAACUCAAUCACUUCAAUUCCUGCAGCUGCAUUCAAUGGGAUUCCAAAUCUGGAAUGGAUUGAUCUUAGCAAAAACAAGCUUACAUCUGCUGAAAUUCACCCAGAUGCCUUUACUAAACUGAAAAAGUUAAAACGUCUCUACAUGGAUGGAAACCUCCUGGUGCAUGUUCCCCUUCAGCUGCCAUCUACAUUAGAAGAGCUUAAAAUAAAUGAGAACAUUCUCCAAAAUAUUGAUGAAGACUCUUUUCAAGAUUUGAAUAGUCUGGUGACUCUGGAGCUAGAAGGAAACAUACUGAGUGAAGCAAAUAUUAGCCCAUUUGCCUUCAAGCCUCUGAAGAACCUCUUGUAUUUGCGACUAGGCAGAAAUCACUUCAGGACUAUUCCUCAAGGACUGCCUCCAUCACUGGAGGAAGUGUAUCUUGAAAACAACUUAAUUGAGGAAAUUUCAGAAGCUGCAUUUAACUGCACCAGACACCUAAAUGUUAUUGUACUAAGGCACAACAAAAUAGAUGAAUCUCGAAUUGCACCACUGGCAUGGAUUAAUCACAUGAACCUGGAAUCGAUUGACCUUUCCUACAACAAGCUAUUUCUAGUGCCUUCAUUUCUGCCAAAGUCCCUAGUGCAUCUUGUUCUGGUGGGAAAUCAGAUUGAAAGAAUCCCAGGAUAUGUAUUUGGCCACAUGGAGCCAGGCCUCGAAUAUUUGUAUCUCUCCUUCAACAACCUUCAAGAUGAGGGGAUUGACCCAGUUUCUUUCUUUGGUGCAUAUCACUCCCUCAUUGAACUCUUCUUGGAUCACAACCAUCUUAAUUCUGUACCGCAAGGAAUCACUGAGAUGAAGGUGCUGCACUUCUUGAGGCUGAAUGAUAACAAAAUAAGGAAUUUAACCCCGGAAUCCAUAUGCAAUGAAUUUACUGAUGAAGAUCUGAACAUUGUGACCCUGCGUAUUGAAAACAACUUUAUUGAUACUAGAAAAAUUUCAUCAACAGAAUUUUCUUGCAUAAGGUCUUAUUCCAACAUUGUUCUAAAACCACAAAAGUUUAAGUAGUGACUUGCUUGUAAUCCACCAGCAUUGUGGUUAUCAUAUUUUUCUGUUACAUUCAUCAUGUGUGGUAAAGCAGUUUAAAUGCAAACAUUUUGACUGCAAACAGUAUGAAUAUACUCAAGAAAGAGUAGACCCCAUUAACUAUUUACAAUAAGAGCCAAAAAGAAAAGCCAAAUAAAUUAUAUCAAGUGAAAAAAGAGAUAUACUACUAGCGAAGUUCAAAGUGUUUUGGUAUACAAAUAGGCAAAAUGUGAUACAUUUUGCUUAAAACCCCCCAGGAACCACAGAAACGUUUAAAAUGCCUGAAAUUCAGUCUAUAUGGCUUUGUGGUUUGUCAAAAGUUAUCCUCCCAUUCAUUAACACAUCUGUAGAAAUAGAUUCCCCUAUCAGAUGCAGAACUCAAAAGAGUGUUUUAGAUGAAAACAUUCUUGUACAUUUUGCUAAGCCUGUUUAAUGACAUUACUCCUUAAUACCAUUAUAUAACAAUAUGGAAUUAUAAAAAUUCAAACAUAUUAUUAACUACCAAAGCACUGGAGACAAAUAAGGAGCUGGAAUGAGCUAGGACUACACUGCUAAUACAGCAAAUGGUAAAGUCUACCGAGGCAAAAGAGACACUGGAGUGCUGUUAGAGUUUCUGCUUUUAGUUUAGGCAGUCAUUGUAUGUUUUAUGUUAAAUUAUAAUCACUUUGGAAUGCAAAAAUAAAAUCAGUAUGCCUAUUAA